AUGGGUGGUUCAAGUACUUGUAAUGUACCAUUGGAGGAAAAUUUGGUAUACGAUGUUGAACUUCUUCCUCAUGAUCCGGGAAAAAGAAUAAACAUAAUGGAUUACCCCGCAAAUGAACGAAAUGCAGUUAGGGGGGGUUAUAUUCUUAAAAAACCUUGCCAACCAAAAACUCAUGACUUUCCUCAAAGACAAGUGUCUGGUUUACGUCGCUUUAGUGUUCAUUGGUUCAAGAAAUGGGAUUGGCUUGAGUAUAGUAUUGAAAAAGAUGUUGCAUUUUGUUUUGUAUGUUACUUGUUCAAGAAUGAAGUUGAUAGUUAUUCGGGGGGUGAUGCAUUUGUUGAUGGAGGGUUUAGGGCAUGGAAUAAACCGGAAAGAUUUGAGAAGCAUGUUGAUGGAAUUAACAGUGCUCAUAAUCUUGCUUAUGAGAAAUAUGUGAAUUUAAGAGAUGGAAAAAAAAAAAUCAAUCUUGAAUGUUUGGCAUUUCGUGGACAUGAUGAAAGCGGGGAGUCAUAUAAUAGGGGUAAUUUCCUUGAGCUUUUGAAAUGGUUAGGAGAAAAGGUUGAGGAAGUAAGACAACAUACUCUUGAAAAAGCACCUAAAAAUUGUCAAAUGAUUUCCCCUUCUAUUCAAAAGGACAUUAUUAAUUGUUGUGCCAAAGAAACAACUAGGUGCAUAAUAGAAGAAGUUGGUGAUGAUUACUUUGCCAUAUUAGCCGAUGAGUCAAGUGAUGUGUCCCAAAAAGAACAACUAGCUCUUGUUUUGCGCUUUGUUAAUAGAGAUAGUGGAAAGGUAAUGGAGCGAUUUUUAGGCAUUGUUCAUGUUGGUAAUACUACCGCUUUAACUCUUAAAGAUGCAAUGACAUGUGUCAAAAAUAAGUUGCGAAAUAGCAUGGGUGAUCAACUUAUGAAUGAUUGUUUGGUCACUUUUAUUGAGAAGGAUGUCUUCCUAAGAGUUUUCGAUGAAAAAAUUGUUGAUCGCUUCCAAAAUAUGAAGACUCGAAGGAUGAAAGUGUAA